UAGAUAACCCAAAACCCAAGCCAAGACUGGAUAACUCAACAGCCAAGCUUAGACUGGAUAACUCAAAACCCAAGCCAAGACUGGAUAACUCACAACCCAAGGCAAGACUUGAUAAUCCAAAACUCAAGCCAAGACUGGAUAACCAAAAACCAAAGCCAAGACUGGAUAACUCACAACCCAAGCCAAGACUUGAUAAUUCAAAACUCAAGCCAAGACUGGAUAACCAAAAACCAACGCCAAGACUGGAUAAUCCAAAAUCCAAGCCAAGACUGGAUAACCCAAAUCCCAAGCCAAGACUGGAUAAUCCAAAAUCCAAGCCAAGACUGGAUAACCCAAAUCCCAAGCCAAGACUGGAUAACCCAAAACCCAAGCCAAGACCGGAUAAGUGUGAUUCAUGUUUUCCACAAUCAUCCUACAUCUACCAAAACAAUGACAUAUGCUCAACAUUGACACCAGUUCAAAGAAACGUGAAGCUUCUAAUGCUCAUAUUUACACUACAUAAUGAGCUUGCCAUCAGAAAUACAUUACGGAAAACAUGGACGAGUAUCUCUAAGCAAAACACACACAACCUGAGGUAUGUAUUCUUAUUAGGGAUGCACGAAGACCCAAAGUGGAAUGAGAGAGCUCUAAUAGAGGCUAAAAAACAUGGAGACAUUAUGAUCAAAGAUUUUAUAGAUGUGUACAGUAAUU